ACGCGGACACUGUUACAGUCUGGGUUACAUGCUAUCGUGUGUUACAUUGUUUGGGUAUUUCAAGCGCCUGAGCCAGAAAUACGCACAAGCACAUCGAACAUGUUCCAGUAAUGUGUGUGUGUCCGUUAUAGUGUAGUAUACUGUGAGCUUGGAAGUUGUGUUACAGCCUAAUGGUGACGUACUACAUUACUGUAGGAUAUGAAGACGAAGCCAUUGUUCUGUGAGACUGUUUGGACGUUUGGCAGGUUGACAUGUCAGCUGAAAAUCCACCUUGAUGCAAUUUGAAAUGAUUUGAAGUUUAAGAGGAAAACAUGUAAGAUCCCAUAAAUAACGCCUCGAUAAACAAACACUUUGUGCUUGGAUCAAACGUGAUUUCGGAUCAUUUCCUGAAUCCAGUUUCACUGCUCCGUCGUGUCUGAGGAAGGACAUAGUGCAAAUAACAGAAAUGCUGCAAUUAACACCAACUUUCGACAUUGAAAGAGAUGUUUGGAGACUUUUAGCCAAAGGAGACACAGUGAGAAGCCGAGACAAUGUGCUGGUUGCUGACUCUCAAAUCCUCAAUGUUGAGAGGGAUGAUGGUGUUCUGUAUUGCUGGAGAGGUGCCACAGGAAACACCAGUAUUGGCAAAUACGACCCUCAUACAAAACAGAAUAAGCUACUGUACACUUUUGACAAGCAAGUGUUUAUUAGCAGCUGCUCUCUGAAUAGAGAAGAAACACUGCUGGCGGUCAGUCUGACACGGUCAGUGAAGGGAGGAGAAUAUCAUUUUAAACCAGUUUCAAAAUAUCUGACUCUACUUAUAGAAAUACACCCAGUUAACAACACUAAGGUUAUAAAAGCUGUGGAUUGCAAGGUCAAAGUUCAGUUCCUGUAUCCUCACUUGUCCCGGAACAGUGUGCUGGAAAGUCAUCUGCUGGUGGCAGCAGAAGACGGCUAUAUUGACCACUACCACAUUUUACUGAGGAGUCAGGAAGGCUGUAAAGUUGUGAUGCAGAACACGGAGCAUCUGGUGAAAGACAGAGUGACGGAUGAGUUCUGCUGGGUUCAGUGGGACUCGGACAACCAAAGACUCUUCUUCCUCACAAGCAGGGAGAAAUACACGCUCAAGUGUGUGCAGUUUUUCCCUGAUCACAAUUUUGACACCUUGUUUGAACUCCCCUUAGCAUUACCAAACAAUCCUUUCACCUCUGUGAGGUUUAUAAAUUUUGGACAUGAUCACUACCAAGAGCGGGAAAAGGAGGGAAUAAAUCUGGUGGUAUUUACAGACAGAACAGGGAUCAUGUGUGUGUGCUACAGUCAUCCCCUGCAUGGUGCUGAGGAUUACACAUACACAAUUGCAUUUGUGCACAGAGGUUUUAGUAAGACUUUCACUGUAGCACUUGAGCAAACUGUCCCAACAGACAUCAAGCCAAACCUUCAGCCAUUCUUCAUCUUUUUGGGACAUUAUGUUGUAGUUUAUCUAGCUGGUCACUUCCUCCAUCUGAUCAACUGCAUUCAGCAGGACUUGCUUUGUCACAGCCUCUUUCUGUCAGGUGCUGAUACCCAUGUGGAUGAAUUGGGAGUGAACAAUGUUUUAAUGAGCAUUUCUGCUCACAAGCUGCUGGAUGAGUGGAUGGGCAGGAUAUAUACCAUUAACCUCAACCAGGAUUUCCUGCUUCAGCUGCUGCUUAGCACUGAUCGGCCUGAGGCACAACGUCUUGCUGCCCUUCACUGUGUAAUGGUCCACCUUGAAUCUGACCAGGACUUAGAGAACAAGAUCAUCUACUGGAUUAGCGAGAACAUGAUGAGCUUUAAUGCUUUCGAUCAGAUUCAGGAGUUUAUUCUGGGUUCUUUAUACAGGACGUGCUGUCAGCAGUCUCUCAGUCUGAAUAAAGUGCUUCCGUACUCAUCUGUGUUUGAGAAGAAGGAACUUCCUGUUGCCCUGACUGCUAUCCCUGGUGUGAAGUGCACACCUGAGCUGCUCACUCAACCAGUAUUUAAAGGGAAGGCCCGGAGUCUACAGGGAUACUGGAAUGAGCUACAAUGGAUUAUUGAAAGGACAAAAUAUUUUGAGACUGUGCCUAACCCUCGAUACCGAUUCUCCCAGCUCAAGGGUGACUGGACCAAACUACAAGCAGCACUGAACUCAGAGAAAACGAAAUCCUUUAACUAUCUGCAACAACUUGAGGAAAACACUAAAAAAGUCCUAUCUGUGGUGGAUAUGUGGCAUUUGGAUAAGAGAGUGCUUCCCCUCUUUCAGGAGGUUGACCAGCCGCAGAGGGCACUAAUAGGCCUAAUGGUGGAUAAACUCCGGGAUCACCUGAACAAGUACCUGCCACAGCUGGGGAAGAAAAAGACGGAAAUGCUGGUGGUGAACUACAUGGCCAAGCUGCUGGAGCUGCUCAGACACAUGUUGGAGACUCUGUGGCUGAAGCUGAACUUGGGUCGCACGGUGCUCUGCCUCAAACAGCAAGGCACCUCGGAAGAGUGGACCAUGUUUCAUAUCAUGUGUCGGAUUCUGGAAGCAGCUAAAGGACUCUGUCUUCCCCUCCCACCCGGUUAUUCUACACUUUUAAGUGUGCUGGGUGUACGCUGCCUACCUCGCCACACUUUCUUGCUCUAUGUGGACCGUGGCUUUCUACACCUCACCGAGCCUUUUGUGUCACGCCUUAUGACAGAUCUGGAUAACAGCACCAGCAAUGAAGAACUAAAGUUCAGUGUCCUGAAAAGACUUCCUGAGGUCCAUCUGCGUGUCAGACCUUCUCCUGUGCACAUCCUGCUUCAGGUCACAUCACAGAUUUUUAGUGUGAUUCACUUGCUCAUUUAAAAAUAUUGAUGGUCUUUUGGUGAAGCUGUUCCUUUGUUGAUUUGGCUGUAUACUUUGUGUGAUUGUCGUGCUGAAAUGUGAAAUUUUGUUUCAUCUUCAGCUUAGUAGCAGACACCUGAAGGUUUAGCACUAAACCUCCACCUGGUAUUUGUUGCUAUUCAUGAUUCCAUCCACCUUGAUAAAAGCUCUAGUACUAAAGAAAAACAGCCCGAAAGCAUUAUGCUGGCACCACCGUGCUACAAUGUGGGUAUGCUAUUCUCUUGAUGUGCUUUUUGCAUCAAACAUACCUUUUGGAAUUGGUCUCAGACCAAUCAGACCAUAGAUAUCUAUACAUAGAUGUCACCUUGGGGUCCUAAAAAUGUGUCAAAACCGCCGCCAACUUUUUACAGGGCUCUUGUACUUUAAAUGCAUGCACGAUACCGGACUUCUGUGCUGCGUUUGGAUGUUCAAACGAAAGAAAUCUAAAAAACCAGACAACAAGGGAUUACAUUUCACAAGUGAGAAUGUGUUUUAUGAUAUUGAAUGUUAGGAAAUUAUAUUUCUUGUUCAGUUGGUUUGUUUUAGUCCUUGGUUAACGACCGCAGCUAAUUCAUGCUAGUUACCCAUUCGUUUUUGACAGUUAAGAAAACAGACAAUGUUUGUAGAUUCCGAAGCUCUUAAUAAGGACAUUAAAAAUUGACCCCAUGAUUUUUUGCUUAAAGGUGAAAAGACCC